AUGAGCAUGACAGCCAUUGGCGUUUCACUCUGGAAAUAUGCGAUGAAGUAUUCUCCGAGCAAUCCAAACUAUUUCAACCGGGAUCGUUUCGUACUCUCGAAUGGCCAUACAUGUCUCUUUCAAUACACCUUCAUGCAUCUUGUCGGCUACCGGCAAAUGACAAUUGAACAAUUAAAAUCAUAUCAUUCCAGACGAACAGACUCAAUUUGUCCCGGACAUCCGGAAAUUGAGAAUGAGGGCAUCGAAGUCACCACCGGACCCCUCGGCCAGGGUGUCGCGAAUGCUGUCGGUCUUUCCAUGGCUACGAAACAGCUUGCAGCUACGUAUAACAAGCCAGGAUUUGACCUUGUGGAUAACAUGACUUGGUGCAUGAUCGGUGACGCCUGUUUGCAAGAAGGCGUGGCAUUAGAGGCUUUUCAGCUUGCAGGCCACUGGAAGCUCAACAAUCUGGCAAUCAUAUACGACAACAACCAAAUAACAUGUGACGGCUCUGUCGACAUGGUGUGUACCGAGGAUAUCAACGCGAAGAUGCGAGCCUGCGGCUGGAACGUCAUCGACGUCCACGACGGAACGUCAAAUGUUCAGGGCUGCACACAAGCAUUCAUCGAAGCUCGUGUAAGUGACUUGCCGACUUUCAUCAACAUCCGGACGGUCAUCGGCAUCGGUAGCGCCAUCGCAGGUCAGGCAAAAGCUCAU